CCGCGGCGGCGCUGGUGGCGGCGGCAGCAGCAGCAGCAGCGGCAGCGGCAGCGGUGGUGCCGGGCGCCGGCGCCGAGGCGCGGGGCGCGUCGCCAUGGGCCUGCCGGGCUGCAGGCAGGAAGAUGUCCAAGCCCCGCGCGGUGGAGGCGGCGGCGGCGGCGGCGGCGGUGGCAGCGACGGCCCCGGGCCCGGAGAUGGUGGAGCGGAGGGGCCCGGGGAGGCCCCGCACCGACGGGGAGAACGUAUUUACCGGGCAAUCAAAGAUCUAUUCCUACAUGAGCCCGAACAAAUGCUCUGGAAUGCGUUCCCCCCUUCAGGAAGAGAACUCAGUUGCACUUCACGAUGUCAAAUGCCAGGGGAAACCGUUCGCCGGAAUCUACAGGAAACGGGAAGAGAAAAGAAAUUCUGGGAAUGCAAUACGGAAUACCACGAAGUCCGAGGAACAGAAGAUCAAAGACGCCAGGAGAGGUCCCCUGGCACCUUUUCCAAACCAAAAAUCCGAAGCAGCAGAACCUCCAAAAACUCCAACCUCGUCUUGUGAUCCUACCAAUGCAGCCGUCGCCAAGCAAGCCCUGAAAAAGCCCAUCAAGGGCAAACAAGUCCCUCGGAAAAAAGCUCAAGGAAAAACGCAACAGAAUCGCAAACUCACGGAUUUCUACCCUGUCCGAAGGAGCUCCAGGAAGAGCAAAGCUGAGCUGCAGUCGGAAGAAAGGAAAAGAAUAGAUGAAUUGAUCGAGAGUGGGAAGGAAGAAGGCAUGAAGAUUGACCUCAUCGACGGCAAGGGCAGGGGCGUGAUAGCCACCAAGCAGUUCUCCCGGGGCGACUUCGUGGUGGAAUACCACGGGGACCUCAUCGAGAUCACCGACGCCAAGAAGCGGGAGGCUCUGUACGCACAAGACCCGUCCACGGGCUGCUACAUGUACUAUUUCCAGUAUCUGAGCAAAACCUACUGCGUGGAUGCAACCAGAGAGACGAACCGCCUGGGAAGGCUGAUCAACCACAGCAAGUGCGGGAACUGCCAGACCAAGCUGCACGACAUCGACGGCGUACCUCACCUCAUCCUCAUCGCCUCCCGGGACAUCGAGGCCGGGGAGGAGCUCUUGUAUGACUAUGGGGACCGCAGCAAGGCCUCCAUCGAAGCCUACCCGUGGCUGAAGCAUUAGCCGGCCGUCGCCCUCCCUGCCCACCCUCCCUUCUUCAAAGGACAAAGUGCCCUCAAAGGGAAUUGAUUUUUUUUUUUUUUACACACUUAAUCUUAGCGGAUGACUUCAGAUGUUUUUAAAAAAAUAUAUUAAGAUGCCUUUUCACUGUAGUAUUUAAAUAUCUGUUACAGGUUUCCUAGGUGGACUUGAACAGAUGGCCUUAUAUUACCAAAACUUUUAUAUUCUAGUUGUUUUUGUACCUUUUUUGCAUACAAGCCGAACGUCCGUGCUUCCCGUGCGUGCAGUCCAAGACGCGGCACAGGUUUUAGAGGAAAGAGUCAUGUUCGAAGCGGGAGGCCGGGCGAGCCUCCUGCCUCCGGCGGAAGAGCCAGGACUUUGUCCCCGCACUCCCGAGGACGCGCAGCGACCGGGUCGGCGUGCGAGGAAGACGCUGCCUCCCAGCGGCCUGGACGGGAUGUUCCCAAGCUCUUGUUCUCCUGACGUCUCGACAGGCGCGCAUCGAAGUGUAUGAAUAUUUUUUAAAGAGGUUUCACAGUAAGCUAGUCUUCCCCUCUGCUUUCUCGAAAGCUUACUGACCCUGCGGCCCGGGCGCGCGGGCCGGGCGUAGAUUUCUCUUCCACGGGCUGCCGCUUUUCUGGGCACCUCGACGCAUCAGGGCGGGUCGUGAAACCAGACGCGGGCAGGGAAAAGCGUUGCUUACCGACCCUGCCAGGCCAGGGUUUCCUAAAACUGGGUUAAUUCUUUAUAGAAAUGUGAACACUGAAUUUAUUUUAAAAAAAAUAAUAAUAAUAAA